AUGUUCUACUCCCACCAGCUGCUAGCUGGCAAAGCUCCGCUCGGCAAAUAUGGUAGAAAUUCGACGUCAUUUCUUCAAAUUUCGCCCCCUUUAUUCACGAUUUCAGCCAUAGACCAAAAACCCAUUGAAAAGCUUUCAGUUUCUAUGCCCGCAGAACUUUCUGGAUUUCUCAUGCAUAUUGCUAUUGGAACUCGGUUACUGUUAUAUUGCCAAAACCCAUUGAAAAGCCAAUUUCCUUCCCAUGAUUCAGAUUCUGUAGUUAUGAAGCUGUCACAUUGCCACCGAAUACUAGCGAUGACAUGGAGGAUUGAGCGUUUGCUUCCGUUAGAAUACGCAGCCACCAUGGUGGACAGACCUCCUAUAUUGCUAUGGAAGUCUUAUUUUCAGAGACUGGACAGUAUAGAUGAUCCCUUCUUUUCUUUAGUCCUAAUUCCCUAUUUUGUUGUUUCAGCUGAUGCGGCUAAUCUUGCCUUACUUGAAUAUAUGAUUCUUACCAGAUACCACUACAUUCAGUACUAUGCCAAGAAUUUUCCAAUGGGCCUUAUAGUUCAUGGAUAUGGUGGCACUAUGGCUAAUACUUCAUCUAUUAAUGUUUGUAUAGAAGGGAGUGAGGAGACACGACCAAGUUUCAUUCAACCUGAGCACACUGAGAUGCCCAGUGUCAUAACCUCACCACCUUGUGAAGAGAUGAGCCAUAAACAUAAGGAAUCCAUGAGUAUUGCUGAGAUGCGGCAGUCUGAAGAAAGCAAGGAAACUAAACAGGAUCAGAUUGAGCAAAAGUUUUACCGAAGGAGGGGCAGAAGACCAACUACAGCUCAUGUAAUGGACUAUGACCAAUUGGUCAGAUAUUUCAAAACAUGGCUUCAGAAUUUCACUGACAUUGAAAAAAGAAUCAAUCUACCGACUAGAAUUUCCAUCGAGAAGGAAAGAGCAACUGGCUAUGCUAAUGAGCUGAUCCCCCUAGAGGUAUUUAUCCAAGAACUCAGGAACAACCUUAAUAAUAAAGAGGUCAAUGGGAUGAGUGGAUCCAAAGCCAAUUUGAUGGCCCCCUGCUAA